AUGUUAGAUCGGCAAAUACCGUACACAUCAGAAAGCGAUCUCACAUAUAAUUUCAACCAAUCACCAGCGAUUUCAAAACGCCAGAGAGAUGAUUCAAACGUUAUAAUCGAAUCGCAGAAACGCAGAUCAAUCGCGUUUGAAACGUCUUUAAUCGACGCGGAAUUCGUUUCGCAGAUGCAACAACAACAACAAUCGGAAAUCGAUCGUUUCGUGACACACCAAACGGAAACGCUGAGAUUCGAAUUAGAAGCGAGACAGAGAACGCAAACGCGGAUGUUAGCGUCUGCGUUUCAAACCGCGAUUUUAAAAAAGCUUAAAGCGAAAGAGGAAGAGAUCUCACGAAUGGGGAAAUUAAACUGGGUUUUACAAGAACGAGUGAAGAAUCUAUACUUAGAGAAUCAAAUCUGGCGUGAUCUAGCUCAAUCCAAUGAAGCUACUGCUAAUAAUCUAAGAUCGAAUCUAGAACAAGUUUUAGCUCAGGUCGAUGAUUUUCCGGUGACCGGAGAAGUUUUACGAAAUUCGGUGGAAGACGAUGCGGAAUCGAGCUGUGGAAGUUGCGACGGCGGAGACGGUGGUGAUGUGACGGUGGUUAACGGUGGAUGUAGAAGGUGCGGUGAGAGAACGGCGAGUGUGUUGGUUUUGCCUUGUCGUCAUUUGUGUUUGUGUACGGUUUGUGGAUCGGCUUUGGUACAGGCGUGUCCUGUAUGUGAUAUGGUUAUGAAUGCUAGUGUACAUGUUAACAUGUCAUCAUGA